AUGCCUUCUGCACAACCUGCCACACCUCCUGUGACGCCUCCAGGUCUGGAACCGUCCGUCCCUCUGCCUUCACCCUGUCUAUCAUACUGGCACAAAACCACCCGUGGGUUCCCUCACCUCAACGCAAACCGCAAUUCCCAAACACCAGAAACCGCAGAAUACAUCAUCAUCGGAUCCGGCAUCUCAGGCGCACUGACAGCCUUCUCCCUAAUCGAUUCUGGCAUCGACGCCGGUAAAGUCUUGAUCCUAGAAGCCAGAGAAGCAGUAUCUGGAGCUAGUGGCAGAAAUGCAGGACAUGUUCGUCCUGAUGCUUUUAGAGGCUAUGCCGCUUAUGCAGCUGUUCAUGGACCCGAGCAAGCGAAGAAAAUCAUUGUCGAGGAGAGGAAAGUGCUGCAUGCUGUAGACGAGUUCGUGCGUCGUCACAAUGUCCCUUGCGAUUUUGAUCUCACGACAACCUUUGACGUUUGUUUAACGCCGGAGUUUGCUGCGUAUGAAGCUCAGAGUUUUGACGCGUAUAAAGCAGCUGGGGGUGACGUGUCGCAUGUAUGCUUUUACGAUGGCGAAGAAGCUCAGCGUAAGACUAGAGUGCCCGGUGCUGUUGCUGCGUAUGAGUGGCCUGCUGGAUCGAGUCAUCCUGCCAAGUUGGCGCAAUGGUUGUUGAGCAGUGUCAUUGAAAAGGGCGCGCAGCUAUGGACGCAUUGUCCCGCUAUCUCAGUGACGGAAUCGAAGCGACCAGGAUAUCAAUGGGAUGUGCGCACACCGCGAGGAACCAUCUCGGCGCAGACGAUCGUGCACAGUACCAAUGCAUAUGCAGCUGCUUUGCUCCCUCAUCUCAAUGGUUACAUCACACCGAACAGAGCACAAGCGCAUUCUCUAGUGCCUAACUCUGCGUUCAGCGCUGAGAAUGCUUUCACCAGCACCAUGUCGCUCAGAUACAGUCUCCACCACUUCUACUCAGUCAUACAGAGAAAAGGCGAUGGAACCAUUGUUCUCGGUGUCUCCAGAUCGAAUCCGGAGCUCAGUGCAGAAACAUUGGCAGUUCGAGAAAGCUUUGACGAUGGUAGUUUCAACCAGGAAAUUGUUGACGAUGCUUUGAAGCGUUUCGGAAUAAUGUUUCCAGAGGAUGGCGCGGAGAGUGAGCGUCAUGGCGAAGGUCUGGAUCAUGCAUGGACUGGUAUCAUCGCCAUGACACCUGAUUCAGUGCCGUAUGUUGGCGCAAUUGAGGAGCUGCCAGGACAGUAUAUCUGUGCUGGAUUCAAUGGACACGGGAUGGCGAGAAUAUUCACCUGCGCGCCAGGAGUUGCCAAGCUGAUACAAGGUGGUUCGUGGGAGAACACCGGAUUGCCAGAGUGCUUCCAGUAUGGCAAGGAAAGACUUGUGAAAGCAGUUCGCAAGGGCCAAAAAGGUAGCGUGUGGUAA